UCCGUGUAGAGAUGUACCAAUAAAUUCUUAACUUACUAUUGUUAAUGGUCUAUUUCGGAUGAGCUUUCACCUUACAAGAUGUUAUUGUGAUUUCUACAAAAUUUAAAAUGAAACUACCUUUUAGUAUAAUUUUGGGUCCGGUUCUUAAACUACACUUUACAAAAACCAAGUUGUUUUGCAAAAAUCUGACUUUUUCUGCUAGUGUUCCAUACACAUAUGUUUUCAGCACACUUGGCUUGUUCAUCAACAUACAUCAUAUAAAGAAACAUUUGGGGGAAAUUCCUGAAAUCUCCGGCAACGAAGUGAAUCAUGUGAAUCGAAACAAAAUGCUAGUCCAUGAUCUGAAAAUAAUUGCAACUUCUAUGGGUUUGGUUCAAUAUACUUGCCUUUUGGUCGGAUGCCUUACAAUAAAUUCGGUAACGAAUGAGAACAGUGACGGUAUACGCGUAAAACUGCGUGCACUUUUGGUAGGCCUUUUAGGGGUUUCAAUGUCGGCUUGCGCUUUCGCCUCGCAACCCGUAGAAUUAGAACUUGACGAUGACGACGUCACGCAGAAGCUGAACAAUGUUAGCUUUGCUAGACGGUUAACGAAACCUACCAUUCGCCUUGUGAUGGGAUACAGCAAACUCAGUGCAUUUGUGACUUGUUCUACUUCUCUCCUUUUACUAUUAGCUGUUAUGUCCAAGCAAUCUUGGUGGAAACGCGGCGCCCGAUGGCUCGCAGCACCAGCCUUGCUUGUGGCCGCAUUAGAAACGGCGUCGGAUGCGAGUGACGCCUUGCUGGCAGCUGUGUUACGUGGCUCGGCUGCCCCGGCACUCUUAGCAGCUCAAACUAUUUCCGCUUGCUUCCUCAUCACCGUUGAAAUUCUUGUAUGGUAUUUCAUAGCUAAAUUGUUCGAAUACAACCCGCCGCCCCUGUCUACCGAUUUAAAGAAGGAUAUUUUCAUGGAAACUCCGCUUAUGUCCACACCUCUUUGAAAUCCAAUGGAUUUAUUUUAUUUGAUGUAUUUUAUGU